AAAACUUAGUACUUUCUUUGAUCCCGAGUACUUUCUUUGAUCCCACAAGGCUAACAUAAUCAGUAGAACAAGCCCUUUCAAAUCUCACAUACAGGUACCAGAUUGCUCUAACUAAUAUACUAUCAAGUGUUUUAUGAUGACUUGGAUUGAUAAUAUAUACCAGAAGUUUGAGAAUAUGAUCCAGGAGGUUGAAGAUACAAUGUUGGAGAAAUUUCAAGACUUAGAGAAUCAAAUGAGCAUUGCUGGAGAAAGUGUUAAGAAAUUAUAUUCAACUGCCAUGGAAGAUUUGCUUUCUCCGUCUACAACCUCGGCUCUUGUAUUGCCUAUAGGUCACUAUGCUGGUAUCUCAGAGAAGUCGCUUCAACGUGUCAAGAAACUAAGCGGUACCAAUCUUGAUCAUUGCUAUUAUGUCAAAGCGGAUAAUUUUAAAUCAGGUGUAAAACCACAGGUUGAGAGCGCAGAUGUUGAAUCAAACAUAGGUAGCAAUGUAAAUCAAUUGAAUGAGGAAAUGCCUACAUCUGAGACAGCUAUUGAACCUACUGUUGCAAAGACAGAUUCUGCUGAAGUAACUGACUUUGCUUCUGUAUCAGAUUUUUGCAAUAGAAUUGAAAAUGCAAGUACUGAACAAAACCGCGGUGUUGUCGAGGUUUUGGUUGAUUCAGCUGAAGAGAAAGAGGAAAAUAUGAGUUCUUUUUCAAGUGAUAUAUUUGAAGAUGCUACUGGGUUUUCUAUGAUCAACGCUAUGCAACAAGAUGACGAUUCGAAGCUUGACCAAACUUGUGUCCUUAUUUUAAAAGACGAACUUCAGUUUGCUCCCAAAGCAACGGUUAAUCGGAAGACUAUUGAGAAAAAAUGGCUGCAACCCUUUUCAUUGAUUAAGAAAUCUGCAAGGAAGAAAGAGUCCGAAGAACUUGCAUUGUUGCAUGGGAAAAAUGAAAUCGGAAAUGAUAAUUGCAUCGAGAGUUUAUGUCGGGAGGAUAUCUUUGAACCCGAAUGGGAACUUCUCUGAAGUCUAAUGGUUAAAUGCGCCACCAAUUAUAAUCAUUAGAUAUACUAAAAUCAAAAUUGUUUAUUAAAUAAGAAUGCAUAUCUAACGAUUAUAAUUGGUGACGCACCGGUACAACUUGUGCACCUUAGUCUCAGGGUAGAGUAGUUAAUGUCGCUUGAACCUAUUAUAUAUGGUUUGUUUACAUUUUAUUUUCAUUAACAAGGUACUUUCUGUUUUUAUAUUUAUCUUUGAAAAUGCUUUA